GCGCCCACGCCGUCCGGAGGGUCCUGGGCAUCAUGGCGGAGCCGGAGAGUUCCUCACAAGCUGCCAGGACCCCGCAGACUAGCGCUUCCUCAGCCGCCGCCGUAGCUGCGGCCUCAGCCCCACCAGUAGUGGCGGGAGGUGGAGCUGGAGGAAGCAGCAGCAGCAGCGAUCCGGUUCGCCCGGGACUGAGCCAGCAACAGCGCGCGAGUCAGCGCAAGGCGCAUGCGCGGAGCUUCCCGCGGGCAAAGAAGCUGGAGAAGCUAGGGGUAUUCUCAGCGUGUAAGGCAAAUGACUCUUGCAAGUGUAACGGCUGGAAGAACCCAAAUCCUCCCACGGCCCCCCGGAUGGAUCUGCAGCAGACGGUCACCAACCUUAGCGAACCCUGUCGCAGCUGUGGACACACGCUCGCUGACCACGUGUCUCACCUGGAGAACGUCUCUGAGGAGGAGAUCAACCGGCUCCUGGGCAUGGUGUUGGACGUGGAAAACCUUUUCAUGUCAGUGCACAAGGAAGAGGACACAGACACCAAACAAGUUUACUUUUACCUGUUCAAGCUCCUGCGGAAAUGCAUCCUACAGAUGAGCCGCCCAGUAGUCGAAGGCUCCCUGGGGAGCCCCCCAUUUGAAAAGCCAAACAUUGAACAGGGUGUCUUAAACUUUGUUCAGUACAAAUUCAGCCACCUGCCCACCAAGGAGCGGCAGACCAUGUUUGAGCUCUCCAAGAUGUUCCUUCUGUGCCUGAACUACUGGAAGCUGGAAACGCCGUCCCAAUUCCGCCAGCGCUCCCAAAACGAUGACGUGGCGACCUACAAGGUCAACUACACUCGGUGGCUGUGCUAUUGCCACGUCCCCCAGAGUUGCGACAGCCUCCCUCGCUAUGAAACCACCCAGGUCUUUGGGCGCAACCUCCUCAAAUCCACUUUCACAGUAACUCGCCGACAGCUGCUGGAGAAGUUCCGGGUGGAGAAAGACAAGCUGGUACCUGAGAAGCGGACCCUCAUCCUCACCCAUUUCCCCAAGUUUCUGUCAAUGCUGGAGGAAGAAAUCUAUGGAGAGAGCUCCCCAAUCUGGGAGGCUGACUUCACUAUGCCUGCAGCAGAGGGAGCCCAGCUUGUUCCCCGGCCCGCAAUCAGCACUGUUCCCGCAGCCAGCACGCCACUCUUCAACAAGUCUCUGAGCUGCAGCUCCUCUUUGGCAUCUAUCAGUCUAGACGGCAGCUCCUUGGAUUCUGUGCCAGGCGAGAAGAGAAAGCUUCCGGAGAGCUUGACCCUCGAGGAUGCCAAACGGAUUCGCGUGCUGGGCGACAUCCCGAUGGAGCUGGUGAACGAAGUGAUGCUGACAAUCACGGAUCCAGCGGCCAUGCUUGGGCCAGAGACUAGCCUGCUGUCUGCAAACGCAGCCCGGGAUGAGACAGCUCGACUGGAAGAGCGCCGUGGCAUCAUCGAAUUUCACGUCAUUGGCAAUUCGCUCUCUCAGAAGUCAAACAAGAAAAUCCUUAUGUGGCUGGUGGGACUGCAGAAUGUUUUCUCGCACCAGCUGCCGCGGAUGCCCAAGGAGUACAUCACCCGCUUGGUCUUUGACCCCAAGCACAAAACUCUGGCUUUGAUUAAGGACGGCCGAGUGAUCGGGGGCAUCUGCUUCCGGAUGUUCCCCACUCAGGGAUUCACAGAGAUCGUCUUUUGUGCUGUGACAUCCAACGAGCAAGUCAAGGGCUAUGGGACCCACCUGAUGAAUCACCUGAAAGAGUACCACAUCAAACACAGUAUCCUGUACUUCCUCACCUAUGCUGAUGAAUAUGCCAUUGGCUACUUCAAGAAGCAGGGCUUCUCCAAAGACAUUAAAGUCCCCAAGAGCCGGUACUUGGGUUACAUCAAGGACUAUGAGGGAGCCACCUUGAUGGAAUGUGAGCUGAACCCGCGGAUUCCCUACACAGAGCUCUCCCAUAUCAUUAAGAAGCAGAAAGAGAUUAUCAAGAAGUUGAUAGAGCGGAAGCAGGCCCAAAUCCGCAAGGUCUACCCCGGUCUCACGUGCUUCAAGGAGGGUGUCCGGCACAUUCCUAUUGAAAGCAUUCCAGGCAUCCGGGAGACAGGAUGGAAGCCCAUGGGAAAGGAGAAAGGGAAAGAGCUUAAAGAUCCAGACCAGUUGUAUACCACUUUGAAAAACCUCCUGGCACAAAUCAAGACUCACCCCAGUGCCUGGCCGUUCAUGGAACCAGUAAAGAAAUCUGAGGCUCCUGAUUACUACGAAAUCAUCCGUUUCCCCAUUGACCUGAAGACAAUGACUGAGCGCUUGAAGAACCGCUACUAUGUCACCAAGAAGCUCUUCAUAGCCGACUUGCAGCGCAUCAUCACCAAUUGCCGUGAAUACAACCCGCCCGAGAGCGACUACUGUAAAUGUGCCAACACUCUGGAGAAGUUCUUCUACUUCAAGCUCAAAGAAGGGGGUCUCAUCGACAAGUAGGGAGCACCAAAUCCUCCUCAUUCCGCCUGUAUGGGAUUUCUGCCUCUGUCCUCCCAUCUUGUCAAAAACUCUUCUAGCUUGUGACCAGCUGGAUGUUUUCCUCGCUGCCUUCCGCUGUGUCUCACGCACAAAUCCAGAGAUGGGUGGCUGGAGGUGAGGGGUUUUCCCCCUUGCGAUUGGAGAGAGGGCAGGGGACACAGACGACCGUCUCGUCCUUCACCCUUCAACAGACCGGGAUGUGCAACUUCAGCCGUGUUAAUUUCUGAGCCUUAUCACUCCGUCCAUCGGGUCUUCCUUUCCAGAAGAAUAUAAUAGGGAGUACUUUGGGAGAUUUGGAAUUCUUGUGUCGGUUUUUGGGAUCUGCAGAAGGUCUCAUUAAGUCCUCACCCCUCCUUCGUUUUCCCACUUGUGCUUUUCCUCUUGUUCCCUGCUUCCCAAUCUGGGGAGAAUUUUGUGGGCCUAAACUCCGUCCUGACUUUUUCCCAUUUUAGCCAUUUCCUCUUGACGUGUGAAUGUAGACAUGAAGGGUUAAAAACGGGACCAGGGCAGGGGACCUUUCACCGGUUCAAGCUAUAGGGAGUUUCUCCUCACUUGGGCACAACUGGUUAGAAAUUAUUUGGGCCUGUUUCUUCUUCUUGGCUAGUUUAUGGAGCCACAAGUUUGCCUCUUCACUGCUGCUUUUCCUGCCAAGAGAAGGAGCCUUUAAGCUUCAGGAUAAAUUGUACCUGGCUUCAGAUAAUGAGCAAAGGGAGGUCCUGUGAGGGCUUCCAUCCUUGACAUCAGGCUGUUCAGUUGCCCACCAGUGAUCUUGGCUUUCAGAAAAAAAACAACAGUUUUUUGGCAGUGGCAACGCUUGAAGACACUGAAGGGACAUGUCCUGAUAACAUUACUGCAGCCACCCCAGAGUCACGUUUUCUGAGUUUGUCCUUUCUCAUGACAGGCCCACAGAUACACCCAGUUGUAGACCUGCCUGACGCCUCAACCCUCUCCCUUCCAAGUCAUUCCUGAUUAUUUAUUCUUGUCCCCGUGCACUUUGAACCUCCGCCCUUUCUGCACAGUGUUACCAAGUUUGAUGACUGUCUCGUGUCCUCAUGUGCCAAACAAACCAGACUUCUUCUAGAACUGGGGCUCCCAUGAGUACCUCACUGGUUAUAUUUCCACCUUCUACACGCAUAUACACAAGUGUCUCUUUAACAGGCCAUGUGGUUUAGUUUCAUAGAGGAGCCUCCAGUGUUGGUUCUUGAACCAGCAAUCAGCACGUUGGCCAGUGACUUGUGGUAAAUUAUCAAGUGUGCACACAUGCACAUCUCUCAUGUAAUUUUUGGGUCACCUUUUGGAAAAACCGAAAUACAAAUUCUUGUGUGUGUUGAAGAAUGACUCACCUCAUGUGUAACAGUUGCAUCUAUCCCUGUUUGUGGGGUUAACGUUAGCCCCACAGGAAUUGCAAAAUUGUCACGAUAAAGGAGCAUUAUGGGAGAGUAAGUAUGAAAACCACCAAAUGGUCAUGAUCUUGUUGGUGAGCCAUUCUGAGGUGAUUAAUAGCCCUCUGUUUUUCACUUCCUCUGCACUGCUUGAACUCAGAGAGGAAGUGGAAAAUAUAUUCGCCGCCUCCUUCAAUUACAGUCUGUCUCCGUUCUUGCCUCUUGAUUCAGUGGAGCCAUUUCAGGAAGUUGGGGGUGGGGGACGAAGAGACAGAACUGGCCAAAAGCUUGAAAGCACAGGGCUGCUGAUUCAGUUGCCAAUAAUUGAUAUAAAUUCCCCUUUGCUUCCUGCCUGCAGGGGAAUUGUUCAGCCAGAACCCAUAAUUGUGGCUGGAGUACCUCUCUCUGGGAGCCCCUUUUUGCCCUGUUGCAUGUUUCCAGUGACCUGGCCUAGAUCUGGUGCAGAAUGUAACCUCAUAGUGCAAUCCAGGCACCUGUCAGUGCACAUCAAAGCAGAAUCUUUCGGGCACAAAGACCGGGUGGGAAGAGAUGAACCCCCUCCCAUUCCCCUUUGGCCCAACUCUUUACCUUUGUUCAACCCCAUUCUCUCGUUCCCCUUUCCUUUUAUUACAAGAGACAUUUCCUCCAUGUGCCUCUAAGGAACUUUGUAAUAGGGAAAUGGCGAGGCAGGAGGUGUUUCAGUGACGUUCCAACUGCCUUCUCUUUAAGUGACUGUUGCCUUAUUAUCUCCACCACAUUUUGUGUGCUUAAACUAUACAAUGGCAGAGCUUCACUCUGCCACUCUGGGCCUUUCAGUAACGUUGCCAUUCCAUUUUUUUAACAUUUAAAAGGGAAUGAAAAUAAAGAACAUAUCUGCAAUAAAAA